UGCACAUCCACGAUUCGAAUAGUAAUAUCGAAACUUCAUCUCAGGUAGACCGACUGGAAGUACCAGUUUAAGUCUUGAAGUGCCUCAAGAUCUCCAUAUAUGGUUGAGACAGACGACCCUACAGAGACGAGGCUGACCCCACCUGACCGGGGGUCAAAGUGGUCUUCAAGUUUCGGACAGCAAUACAGCCAAUCUCAAAUCGCGUCCCCCUCCCUCACAUGGAUGUCUCACGAUGCACCGGCAGCUCCUCAAAACGCAUCCUCCGCUCAUCCCCUGUCAGUUCGCUGACAGUUUGCCUGUUCCAGAGGAGCAAGCGCCCGCGUCACAUUACGCUUUCAUGUGGGAGAAAGCUUGUUACUCCGCAGACAACAUGUGGUGCCACUAGUAGUACAUACUACACCUCCAACACCGAGGCAUUGCUCGGUCGGCUUACUUCAAGUUAACGUCCAUAGUCUGGCAAAGCUGUUCUGCUGAUUGCAACAAUAUCAAACAGUGUACCUCAUUUCCAACGUGCUGCCUUACCUGCAGGACCUGGGACGUACUUUCAAGAGCGUAGAUGGCGACACCUGGGCCGCUCGAGCGCGCGAACCGCGUCCUUAGCACCACUCUCGCGCUCCCCGUCGUGCUGCUGCGCUAUGCGGUCGCCGAACCAUUGCUGACUGGGUCAUUACUCUUCGCCCUCACACGAGCACCCGAGCAGUAUCGGCAACGGCUACUCAAGUUGUUACGAGACCGUGGAAUCUCCAACGAUGCCAUUGGCAAGAUUGUCCGCUCGCUCAAGAUCCUACUCGCAGUUGGUGUCGCGAGCAGGCUGAAUGAUGGCCUGAACAGACUGGCGUUGAACCAUUGGCACUUGAAGAAGCCAGGAGAGCCUUUCAAGUUUGGAGACACGCAGAAAAGCGAACUCAUCGUCGUCACCGGAGGAUGCAGCGGGUUCGGCUAUGAAAUGGUCAAGAGUUUCUCCCGACACGCUCGUGUGGCUAUCCUCGACAUCGCCCCUGUACCGGAGGACCUCGAGAUAAUUCCCGGCGUGUCCUACUACAAAGUCGACCUUACAGACUUUGCUGCGAUCGAGGCCACCGCAGAAACAAUUCGCAAAGAGCAUGGCCACCCUAGUGUGCUAAUCAACAACGCCGGCGUUGGAAGCGGCACGACCGUGAUCAACAGCUCGGCCAAGUUGACCGACAGGAUUUUCAAAGUCAACCUCGCGUCGCAUUUUGUCCUGAUCAAGGAGUUUCUUCCUGGCAUGCUUGAGGCACGCAAAGGUCAUAUUGUUACUAUAGCCUCCAUGGCCAGUUUCUACGCCGCGCCUGGCCUUGUGGAUUAUUGCUGCACCAAGGUCGGGGCGCUGUUUCUCCACGAAGGUCUCCGAGCCGAACUUCGCUCUGCAUAUCCCAACGGGAACUGCAUCCAGACCACCUGCGUCCACCCCUCCUGGCACAAAACAGGCAUUGUGAAACCUUACGAAGAACACCUGACCAACAUGGGCGUGCGCCUCGAUCCCGCAACCAACGUCAGUGACGCGGUGGUCGAGCAGGUCCUGGCCGCACGGAGUGGACAGGUUUUUGUUCCUCGAAGCGAGAAGCACAGGACUGGUUUGCGCGCUCUGCCCAUUUGGGCCCAAGAUGUGAUAAUGUAUUGGGCCAACAAAAGGUCGCGGCUGCUCUUCUAAGUUCCGGAGUACGCGUCUGGUCCGAAAUGGAAUCGAGAAACUGGAAUGCGGGAGGUGGAAGGCAGGAAUCGAGCGCCGGCUCGCGGGUGUGGUCAAUAAGUUGACCCAUACGAGCAACCAUAUGGUCAGGCGAAGGUGUAGGACUACACCCCUGAAAGUCAUGACGAUUGGGCAGAAUGACUUUGCUUUAUAGCGAUGAAGGACGGGAAAUGAAAACAGAAAAUGAAGCAUAUUUGUUUGAUCGCCAUCCAUCUCGCCAGCUAUACAUACAGUCAUUCCAGAUGCUUUCGAAACAUCUCGUCUAUCCACCCCGUGCAGGGAGGAUUCCUGGAAUAUCAUCAUCAUCACCCACCCUGGUAAUAACCACUAGUUUGACCCUACGGCCCAA